GCUUGCGCGAAACGUCUCGUCGAAGACCUUUUACCAUCUCCAGAGAAUUCCAUCACCGACAACAUAAAUGUCUUCGACUUCCUGGAUAAGAAUGUAAAGAAAUGCUCCAGUGGUCCACGCUCAAUUGAAUUCAAUUGAACAGCAAAAUUUAAUCAUAAUUAAAUUCGCAAACCCACGAGACAUUAAUUCAAGUUAUAGUUGUAGUUUCACUGUGGAUCAUAAACUCCAGUGAUGCAUCUCCAGAAUGUUGCCUCCAGGACUGUGACACGCGAGUUGCUCAUUCAGCUGGUGUGUAUCUCUGUGAAUUCUCCGAUGUGUGCCACGGCUUUCUGUCAAGAAGCAUAUGUACUGGAUCGUAAUGAUAGUGAUAUGCAACACACCUACUCCAUCCAACGUUGAAUCAUCUUAGAGAGCGCAAGUUAUUCCUCGCCUCGAGAUGCUGGAGUAUUGGAUGGCGAUCAACGAUACGGAGACAAAUGAGAGUGUCUUUGAACUUGACGAGGUCCUAGAAGACCCCGGUUCGGCAGCCCUCUUCGACGGCUAUCCACCCUGGCUCCUCUAUUUUGCUGCUGGGUGCUGUCUCCUCUUCAUGCUCAUUGGUAUCCCGGGCAAUCUCAUUACGGUUGCUGCACUCUUUCGGACUAAGAAGUUGAGAAAUGCAACAGCUGUAUUCAUCAUGAACCUCUCGAUCUCCGAUCUGAUGUUCUGCUGCUUCAACCUACCACUGGCAACAUCAACCUUCUGGCACAGUUCCUGGCAACAUGGGGCCCUCCUCUGCCGUCUUUUUCCUCUUCUUCGAUAUGGUCUACUCGCUGUGAGCCUCUUCACGGUCCUUGCAAUAACGAUCAAUCGAUACGUCAUGAUCGGUCAUCCCCGCCUCUACCCCAAACUCUACAAACCGAGGUAUCUUAUCUUGAUGGUACUUGCUACGUGGAUAUCCGGGUUUGGGGCACUCGUUGCGACCUGGUUUGAGCACUGGGGUCGUUUUGGCCUGGACCCAGUUAUUGGAUCCUGCACGAUAGUACCAGAUGUUAAUGGUCGCUCGCCCAAAGAAUUCCUAUUCAUUCUAGCAUUUCUCACACCCUGCAUUGCCAUUGUUGUAUGCUACGCCCGGAUAUUUUAUAUUGUCAGAAAAACAGCGCAAAAGAGUAGGCGACGAGAGAAGGCCACUACUAAUCUUGUUAAAGCCAGUCUUGAGGUGAAAUUCACAAAAAAUUACGAAGACUCUGCUCUGGGCUCGAGCUGUGGUCCCACUGCCACGACCACAACGGAAAAUGGUGGUUCUCCAACAAAAACCGAUCGUUCGAACGCUCACUACAUAAUUACCCCCCAAUCAAUUCUUCUCCCCGAAAAAAUACCUAUCCCUUCGUCACCACCCCUCGAAAAAAUAAACGAGAGAAACGAGAACACAUCCCCAGUUGAUCCCAAAUGUUGCCCCAGAAAUGAUCCCUCCAGCACCUCUACCAACUCCAACUCCAGUUCAAAUUCACCAAGAACUAUUCAGGAUCCAUUCCCCGAGUCACUCAAAGAAAAUGGAACCGCACACUCACCUGCAUCUAGAAUAUAUCCAGUAAUUCCGAACUUCAGCAUCUCGGAUGUGGAUAAGACCGAGGAAAAGUCAGAGGAGCAACAGAUUCUGCGCUCGAAGAUGUUGGGUAGUGAUAGCCAGUGUCUGAAGGUACCGAAUCGCUUCCAGAAGGAUGAGGCGUCUUCUGAGGGGUUAUCCAGACCUCAAUCCUCUUCAUCUAGAUACGAACCCUCAGAAAUCUCGGAAGAAUUUCCGUCGUCGAGGUCAGAUUCACCAUCAGAGAAACGCCAAAAGAAGAACAGUUUAUUCCGUAGGGAAUCUCGAUUUCGGAGCAUAAAAAAUCGAGGACUAGAGUCUGGGAAAAUGACGGCUAAAGACAAGAAACUCCUCAAAAUGAUUCUAGUGAUAUUUUCAUCAUUUUUGAUUUGUUACUUACCCAUUACGAUUUCCAAGACAUUCAAGGACGUAAUUGACUGGCGUGGACUCAACAUUGCAGGCUACAUCCUCAUCUAUCUGACCACCUGCAUCAAUCCAGUGAUUUACGUCGUGAUGAGUUCUGAAUACAGAAGUGCUUACAAAAAUGUUCUUCUCUGUCGAAGUGACUCCUUCGAGGGCAAAAAACGUGCUAAUUGAUAUUAUUUCUUUUUUACUUUUA